AUGCCUGCGAGACGGUCCCUUGGUGCUGUGGCUGGCCCGUCGGCCCCUGCCGCCCAGCCGCAGGUGGUUGAGCUCCAUCCGAUCACAAAGCGCCUCCGCAAGAUGUGGAAGUUCGCCGCUGUUUGCCAGUUUCUCUUCGUCUUUGACGAGGCCUUUGGCAUGAGCGGCUUUGAGACCGAGACUCUCGAGUCGGACUUUGAGGACAACGAGGCCAAUGUCGUUCCCGACCUCAUCAAGCGGCUUCUCUACACUCUGACGCUUGAUCGCUCCAUCACCCUGGACAACUGGCAAGAUCACCUCAGAACGCAGUACAACCUGCGUGAUGCCGACUCUCAGGCCCGCUUCGGUACGCUCGAGCAGCCUGUCGAGUGGGUGCAGCUUUCGCUUGAGGACAAGAUCAGCACACUCCACGACCUGUGCGAGUGGCAGCUCACGGACCCAGAACGCUUCCGCAAGCUCGUCAAGUCCGAGGAAGACGUCACGACAUGGCGCGUGUCUCCCAUCGGCUGGGACGCGCAUGACAAUGCAUACUGGCUCUUUGACGACAAUCGCAUCUGGAUCCAGCGCCCAGAGCCGUUGCCCAAGCCUGCUGCCAAGGCACGUCCGCCCGCCAAAAAGGGCACGAAGCGCGCCAGGGCGGAAGCAGCCGCCGCUCGACGCGCCGCCUCGAGCGCCGCCAAAUCUUCACCCGCGCCGAAAGCAUCUGGCACCAAGCGCAGCCGGCCUUCGGAUGCGACGCCCGUCUCGACUCUCUCCAAACGCACGCGAUCUUCCGCCACCUCCACACCUUCCAAGCCCCCACCGAGGCGCGGAACGCGAACAUCUGCCCGAUUCGCCCCCCUGGACGUCGAAGAAGACACAAAGCCUUCGAGUGGCGACGGCGCCGACGACGACUCGGACCUUUCAGAUUCCGACCUGAGCGACCUGCCCGACACCACCAACGACGAGAGCAACGGUGCCAGCCUCGACGUCAAGAUGGAGACGGUCGGCACGGACGAAGCAGUCGAGGAAGCGGCGGCUGAGGAGGAGGAGGAAGAAGAAGAAGAAGAGGCAGAACAAGAAGACGAGAAACCAGCAGACGGCGAAGAGCAAGAGGAAUGGAUCGAGUUCGAGACCAUCGUGGUGACACGACAGCAGUGGAUUGACUUUGCCAAGCGCUUUGCCAAAUCAAAGGACCCCAACGAGAAGAACCUGCAUCAGUUCAUCAACAACGAGAUCCUUGACCAGGUGCUCGCCGCCAUGGACGAGAUCGAGCGGCAGCGUGCGAUGGAGCAGGCGCUCGCCAACCGCAAGCGCUCCAGCCGUAUUGCCAUGAAGGAGUCCGAACGAGAGGAGCGCGAGCGCGAUCGCGAAGCUCGCGUCAGGAUGGAAGAGAAGAUGGCAACCAUCCGUCAGGAAGAGGAAAAUCAGCGGCAGAAAGAAGUGGAAGAGCACGAGGCGCAACGAGCCCGAGAGAAUCGCUUGCGGGAGCGCGAGGAGCGUCUGCGUGCCAGGGAGCUCGAGAUCGAGACGCGUGCCAUCCGCGAGGAAGAGGAGCGCGAACGCCGCGAACACGAGCGCGAGGAGCGCAAACGCAGACGUGAAGAGAUCAUCGCCAACGGUGGCGUGCCGCCGCCUUCCAAAGACUCGACCCCCGUGCCCGAGGAUGGCUCGAUGCAUCCUCUGAACGGCCAGGACGAGGACGACGAAGUGUGGGAGCUCAACUGCGAGGUCUGCGGCAAAGCAGCCAUCAGCCCUCCCGACGAGGACGACGAGAUCGUCUGCUGCGAACAGUGCAAUGUCUGGCAGCACAUCAAGUGCUGGGACAGCUUCGACAAGCUCGUUGUCGGCCUCAAGAAGAGGCGUGACUGGGAUUCGGUCGAUUUCUUUUGCUCAAGGUGUCGUCCGCCUUCGCAAGGCACACCGGCUCCGUACCCUGGCAUUCUUGCGCAACGCCCCAAGUCGAGCCCGCGAAGCGACCAGCGCGGAGUCUCGCGCUCGAGCAACGGACCCGACAGCCCAGUACGCAAUGCCGACGGUCCCGAUUCUCCACGUCAGAGAAUCAAGCUCGUUUCCGGCCACAAAGGCACAGGAGUAGCUAAUGCGCUGACCGCUGCGGAGUUGGAAGCGUCGUCCGUAACGACGACCGGCAUCCAGUUGGCCAAGCCGCCCAUUGUGCCGUCGCAGGCAUUGCCUGCUCCGCCAUCUGGCGUCAAGCCUGCAGAGACUGGCGUCCUGACGUCGUCGGGCGCAGCGACGUCCCGUCCAUCUCCUGCCGUCGCUCCUAUUGGCCAGCUGCCACCGCCAUCGAGCCAUGCCUUGCCCUCCAGCACCGAGGCGACUACGUCCGGUCGCCCGCUGCUUCCUUCUGCCAAGGUGGACGAAGUUCCUGCAAAAGGCGAUCCGACCAAGCCCGCUGCCGCUUCCAGCGAUUCCACCAACGGCGCGGCCGCAGGCAACGGUGCCGCCAGCUCCGGCUUGGGCAUGGGGAGGCCAACGCAGCCUCCGCACUUCCCCGCAGUGGGCUCGCCACAGUCGCCCUCGUCAGCGUCUGUUUCCAGCCCAAAUGCGGGCGGCAAUGGUAGCGGAGCCGGCUUGCUGUCGCCUCGCUCGCCAUCAUAUGGAGCCACGCUCGGAAGCCCCGGCUAUCGUCGGCCUUCGCAGCCGUCGGGCUCCUUCCCGAUGCGCCAUACGCCGGCCAAGUCGCCUCUUUCGCGUCCCUAUGAUGCCUCGUCGCACCGGGACGACGCGCCCGCCAACGGCUUCAGCCUGGGACCGCCACGAGCGGCAAGCCCCUCGGCGGCGCGGGGCGCUACUUCUCUUGCAAGUCUCGGUGCUACGGCCAAGUCGCUUCACCCUUCGUCGGCUGCCGCGCCGCCCGUGCCUGCCAAGGCGCUUGGCGACGUGGUGAGCGCCGCCUUCGCAGCACCUUCUAUCGGCGCCAGUGCGGCCAGUGUCCCUGCGACCGGCCCGGGUUCGGCAGCGCAGGCCGGCCAUGCAUCACCGUCGCAACUGCAGUCGUCAGCUCUAAGCCCGGAAACGCUGAAAGGCAAGGGCGAACCUGGAGGCCAGACGAGCGACCUGGACGUCAGGAAGACCCCAUCAGCGGCUGGGAAGGCGCUUCACACGCUCGAAAACGGUCUCAACGGUGUCCCGCAGCCCGAGCACGGCGAAGGGGACGCUGAACGCCGCAGCGCUUCUCCCGUCAAGGUUGUUGAGCUGCCACCGACGCAUGUCGAGACCUCGUAG